AUGGAGCAGCUGGAGGAGGUCGGGGCGGCGGCGCGGCUUCAAUUCCCUUCAUCGACCCCAACGAACAUCCACUUAUUGAAUACUAUUGCGAGAGCCAUGUUCCCAAAGGUUGGCAGUAGAGUCGGAGUCAAGACCUCUGCAUCAAGGAACUUGAAAGAAGAUACGAUAGGCGUAAGCAGGGAUAUGUCUCACACGUCGCCAGGCCUGUGA